CCAGUUUAUCCAGUUCAGAGACAAAAUGGCUACUCGACGGACCGUCUCCAAUUGAUUUUUUUCCCUACUAAACUAGUACCACACACAUUAAACCUGACCGUGUUAAAAUUAUUUAUUUCAAAUUCACCGUGCGUCAUAUGUUUCGUUUGUGUAAAAAUAAAUUGUGUUUCUAUCGCAGGUUAUAAUUGUGCCGUGUUCCUUAGUAUAUAUGUUAAAUUCGUCGGUUUUUCUAACAAAUGUAUAGACUUCAGUGUUCCAUGUCAGCCAGGAGUCGUUCCAGUAUAUGUUUAAACAAACAACCAUGUUGAUACAAGUAACGACCUGUUGAUAAACACCGGAUAACAACUUGGCGACCAGUGAAAACCUGUACAUAAUUGGGGGGAGGCUAGACAAGUUUUGAUGUAUUUAGCAAGUAUUAGAGCGUGUGAAUUGUGAAAGGAAAGUUUACAAAUAUGGCGUCCUGUUUGUCUGGUGGGCAUUAUGUGCCCGGGAGCAAGGAGUAUGUGCCCGUCGCGGAGUUUUAUGCAGACAAGUCAGUUUUUGUGACCGGCGGCACCGGGUUUAUGGGGAAGGUAUUGGUCGAAAAACUGUUAAGAAGUUGUCCAAAAAUUAAGAAGAUCUACCUUCUGAUGCGGCCGAAACGAGGCCAGGACGUCGCGUCACGUCUCACCGAACUAACACAGUCACCGUUGUUCGAGACCCUACGGAGAGAGCGGCCCCAAGAGUUGAACAAGAUAGUCCCGAUAGUCGGCGAUAUCACCGAGCCGGAAUUAGGCAUCAGCGCUGCAGAUCAGACCAUGCUUUGUCAGAAGGUAUCAGUGGUGUUCCACUCGGCUGCGACUGUGAAGUUCGACGAGAAACUCAAACUGUCUGUCACCAUCAACAUGUUGGGCACGCAACAGCUGGUCCAGCUCUGUCAUCGCAUGCUUAACCUUGAGGCCCUAGUCCACGUAUCGACAGCAUACUGCAACUGUGAACGCGAGCGAGUGGAGGAGACGGUGUACGCGCCGCCCGCGCACCCCGAGCACGUGGUCACGCUCGUGCAGACCCUGCCUGACGACCUCGUCGAUAGAAUCACACCGGAUUUAGUCGGUGACCGGCCUAACACAUACACAUUUACAAAGGCUUUAGCAGAGGACAUGCUUAUAAAGGAAAGUGGGAACCUGCCAGUAUCCAUCGUACGACCUUCUAUCGUGCUCUCAUCUCUCCGAGAGCCGGUAAAAGGUUGGGUUGACAAUUGGAACGGUCCCAACGGUAUCAUAGCGGCUGUGGGCAAGGGGAUAUUCCGUACGAUGCUCGGGACAGGCACGAAGGUCGCGGACCUGGUGCCUGUCGACACCGUCAUCAACCUAAUGAUUGUUUGCGCGUGGAGGACGCAUUUGAGACGAGGUGAGGGAGUAGUGGUGUACAACUGUUGCACCGGCCAGCAAAACCCCAUCACGUGGCAGCGCUUCGUCAAAACCAGCUUCAAAUACAUGCGGAAACAUCCGUUUAAUGAGGUGCUAUGGUACCCCGGAGGUGACAUCACCAGUAACAGGCUGAAGCACGGCACGUUGUCGCUGCUGCAGCAUCGCGCGCCCGCCGCCAUCAUGGACCUCGUCUCCACAGCCACCGGCAAGAAACCUAUGAUGGUCCGUGUUCAGAACAAGUUGGAGAAGGCGGCGGCGUGCCUCGAGUACUUCACCACGCGUCAGUGGGCAUUCGCAGACGACAACGUGCAAGCACUCUGCGCGUCACUCUCGCCUGAUGACCGCAGGACUUUUGAUUUCAACGUGCGCAACAUCGACUGGGACGCGUACAUCGAGUCGUACGUGCUCGGUAUCCGGAGGUUCCUCUUCAAAGAGAGCCCUGACACACUGCCCAAGUCCAGAGCCGUGUUGCGAAGAUUACACAUAGUCCACAUCCUAACCCAAGUGGCGACCGUGUUCUUCCUAUGGAGAUUCCUGUUCUCACGCUCGAACGCGCUCCGCUCCAUCUGGCGGCGCGUCCUAGAACUGUUAACGAGGGCAGCUCGACUCUUAGCUAUAGCUUGAUGUUACCGAACGAAGUUCCACUCGUUAACGCCCCUUCGUUCCAAGCUUCCAAUCACGCCACGAUAAAAAAAACAAAUUUUGACAUUUGACAUUUGUUACAAGAUGGCGAUUCCCGCCAAUUCAACAUUGACACCAAUAGAAUUGUUAAGUACACAGGCAAAUAAUUUAGGUAAUAUAUUUUUCUCUUUAAAAGUAAGCUUCUACGGGGCUGUUAUAUUUGCUUCGGGAUCUACACUGUGUUGUGGUGUUACAUUGAACAUAGCUGGGUACUGAGACUUCUAAACUUCUUCCACGUUGUUUCAUGUACAAAAGUUAAGAUUAAAUAGGUCUAAUGUUGUAAAAAUAGUGACAACCUGUCUUCUAUGUAAAAUCUUGUUGAAAUCUGUUCCUAAAGGCACAUUGGCUGGUAACCGAUGCUUUCCAAGGCACAGUGUAUAUCUAAAUACUUCCCAAGCGCUAGGCUACUAGUUACUGAUCGGAUAAGUAAUAGUGAUUCCAAUAAUUUUGUACUUCAACAGCUCAAUAUCUAAACGAUUCAAAUCUGUUAUUGCCUAGUUUUAAUAACAAUAGCGAAUUGUACUCAUGUUGUUGGUGAGAUUAUAUUUUUAAAGUCAGUUGUUGUGCCAAUAAUAAUUUGUUUUUUGGUUGAAUUUAUGCUUCCAUGAAAACUAUCAUUGGGCCCAUCGAUCGGCUUGUAGAUUUGUGGGUCGUAUUCUAAUGUUGAUUCUAUGUAACUGUUGAAAACACUGAAACAUAGUUUCAGUGUUUUCAACAGCUAUAUUCGAUGAAUCAAAUAAUGUGGGCAAUAUUAUGAGGAUUGAUGAUAAGGGAUUCGUAUCGCACGUAACUGACAUGCAGGCGGUGUUUGUAAAUUUUAAGGCUGUUGACGCCUAAAAAGCCAAAGCUAUGUACAUUAUGUUUUUGACUAAAACCGGUUUAUUUUCGUUCUAUAGCCUCGUAUCGACUAAGUAACAUUUGCCACGCAACAUGACGCGUGACAUGUUGUUUAUUUUGAUGUAAAAAUGUUUUAUGAGCAUCAAAUGUCGUGCGGAAACGUAAUGCGCAACUCUAGUUUGUCUGGGGACGUAUUGUUGGAUAAUGUUCCUAGCAAAAUCAUGUGUAGAUCAGACAAUGUUGCUAAACAAACCUUCCGCGCUGUCGUACCAACAUGUUGGGCAUCAUGUUCCGCGGCAAAUGUUGCCUAGUCGAUACUAGGUUUAAGUAAAACAUUGAUUGAAGUUAGCAUUUUUUAAUAGGAACAUUUCGUUUAGCGGACUCUUGUAUAUUUUUUCCAUGAUUGCAAUUAGGAUUUUUGACGGCUCAAUAAUAAAUAGAUGGUUUGUCGAACUAGUCAAAUGCAUUCGUUAAGAACAACUCUUGAUUUAUUUAGUUGAAUGGUUUUGACACAUUGGGGGUUUUCAAUUUUGUGCUCCGUAGGUGGCGCUAGUGAGCCUUAAAGUCUUGUAAGUCAAAUGAGUUUAGAUGACUACACUAGCACCUUUGGCAGCGCAAAAAUCCUGUUUCAUUUUUAAGUAAUAAUUUGAAACUUAAGCUAAAUGUAUGGAGUUGUUCUUGAACGUCUAUCUAAUAUAUAUUGUAUUUAUAUAGGCACCCAUGUUAAAUAAAGAUUCCAAAAGUUUUAUUGUUAAACGAAACGAGUUAGCGAAUAUUUAUGAUGAGUGUGAUUUGUUGUAUCUUCUAAUCGAUCUUCUACUUGUCUUGUGGCUUCAUCGUGAUCAGUAUCAUGAUUGUGUACUGUUGGACUAUGGGCCUCCUCUAAAUAAGAGGUGUUUGUCAUCCUUUCUAUGCCUGGCAGGCGGUUUGGAGAUCAUAGUUCAGGUUUAUCAGAGAGCGCUGCAGCUCGGUCUCUGUCAAAUGUGUAGUCCCUUUGUCGACCGGUGCAAAGAGUAGAGGAGUCUACCGUCAGAAGUUUGUUGAACAUUGACUUUUAUGGACUUUCUGGAUCUUCCAUUGUUAUAUUCAGCUCUGAUAUAGAUGGAUUGGUCAAUAUAAGAAAAGUUUCAGAAUUGUUCACUCUUUCUAGGCAUUUCUUUGGCUUUGUAACAGACACAGAUGAAAUGUUAGAAGUGAUAGUCGAUUGGAAGACGUAACAAAUCAAUGUUAAGAUGGAUUGUGCGAUUUGAUAGCGGCUAGGAGCGGUGUAGUGGUUUGUAUUUGUAAUAUGAAAUGUAGGAAUGCGAUGAAUUAAUGCGGAAUUUUUACUCUCUCGUUAUUAUCGAAAUGAUUUAUCGCAAACGCUAAAAUUCCACGAAGGUUAUUAGUAAAAAUCUUGUUGUUGGAAUGUGAUUUUGUCUUGAAAAUUUUUCCAAUUUUUUCGUCAGUUUUUCGAUCCUUCCUCGGGAGUCGUUAUCAAGGAAUCAUCCAAGUUCCUCAUUCGAUACGCCGGCUCCCGCUAUUCCUUAUUUCGGCUGUAAUAAAGCUCAAUUUCGUAAUCUUCCUAAUUCGCAUGCUAUUUUAAAUGGCUUCUACCGUAAAGUUGUGUGUAAACUGACCAUGACUAUUUAUACGUAACAAUGUUUUGAAAAUAUAGAAGUUCCCAUGUCAUAAAACUUUUGAUAUUUUAGGUAAACGGAUGGGAUGUUGGGAUAUCGAAGUAAUUUUUGUUAUUAUAAAGAAAUGAUGCCCGUGGCCUAUACAGUUAAAAAUAGACAGUUCAAAUAUUAGUUUUUAUCGCAAUAUUUCGUAGUUUUUACAGGAUUUUUUCGUGUUUAUGUGAUCCAGGGGUUUUUGAACAGAUGAGUGACAAUGUUUCAGAAUACAUUUCAUUUGGAUUAUUUUAACCUUUUGCCAAAUGUCAAAGAAGCGUGCCCCGAACACCAAGUUUUAAAUUCAUGUAGUUUGAAGUUCGUUUUGUCAUCUUAUAGAUGAAAUGUUAUAGAAAGUGUUAUAAUAAAAACAGUUAUGAAUGUAAUCAAAAGGUAUGAACAAAAAAAAUUAUCAUACAUGAAGAUGAUUGAAAAAUGUAAUGCUGUUUUUUUUGGCUACUAUGUUCGUCUAUUUAAUUUUUUACAUUAUGGAGGUGCGACUGUGGUGUGCCAGGCAUGUUUUCAUUAGUUUUUGGUACUUGACUGUGGUGGUCAGAUAGUAAAAUUUUCCGUGUAGACAAAACUUCCAAUAAUUUAUUUUAAAUUAUGUAGAAACUCACUGUCACUCUUUUGUUUUCCAAAUAUUCCCCAUCGACAGCAAUAAUUUAAAUUAUUUACCUAUAUGUGGGGUUACCAUUGUUAUAAAUAAUAUUUUCUAGUAAAUAUAAUAUUAAAACAUACCUCAGUAACGAUGGAUGUGCUUAGAAACUUCCAUUAAUGUUGUGGAACAUAUUGUCACGACUAGAUAUAGUGCAGUCAGCUAGAUUUUUAAUUAAAAAAAUAGAUUAAAAAACAUGACAUGGGUCCUUCGGAGCGCUUAGACGGAGCAAGCAAAAAAAAACCUUUAAAAAAAUAUAUUAAUUAAAAAAAUAAAAUUCGUUCCAAAAUGACGCUUCCUUAGUGAUAAUUAAUGUAGGUAUUUAUUGAUUUUUUUAUAUAAAAAAAAUAAUGAUAAUGAUAAUAAAAAUUUUCUGUUUUUUAUCUAUGCUAGUGACCAUGAACAGGCCUGAUGUUUUUUUCCCCUUGGGUACUUAUAACUUGGUUGUUUUCAGAUUCAAGUUAUUGUAAUUCAACAAUAUUUGGUAUAAGCUGUACUCAUUAAGUAAUGCCUAAGUUUUUACGACAUGUUAUUUAAGUGUUAGCAUCUUCUUAUUAUAUAAGUCUAACGCAGAACACUUUGGCUCUCGUAUAAAUUUUUUUCACAACAAACGUAAGUAAAAGACGGUCUGUCUACACGAAAUUGGUGUCGAUUGUAUGUAAUGUAAUUUAAACUGUGUAAACAUGCUGUUAGGAUUCAAAUUAGUGUAUCUUUCUAGCUUAAAUUCAAUUAUCUGUUGCCUAAUUUUUUUUUCUAGAGUUUUCAAUUCAAUCAACUACAUAAAUGUUUUUUUUGUAAGUCAACUGAAAGUGAGCUCGCUUUUAAAAUUAUGUUAGAAAUUUUGACAAACCUCGUUUGCAGAUUGGACAAGCAAUUUUGAAUUCUAUUUCGUCUGUAUAAGGAUGACGUUAAAGGUUGUUUAAUGUAUUUGCAAAAACCAAUCGUUUGUGCAGCUAAUAUGACACUUAUCUCGUAUGAAAUAGAAGUCAAAAUCCAUCAAUGUAACUGCAAAUAGGUUUGUGAAAAUUACUAGUAACGAAAAAUAAUCCGAGUCGACUCCAAUUUCGUGAGCAGCGCCAAUUUUCUUCCAGUGUCGAAUUAAUUUAAGUUUUCUUUAAAAGUGUAAAACUAAUGAAAAAAAUAAACUUAUAGGAUUCCUUUAAAGGGAACGUGAAUUCGAGAAUGGGGGGAAGCAUUGUUUAUUUAUCGAAAUCAUUGACGUGUAAUAAAUAAAUGUUCACUCGUUAAGUCAGUGGGUUCGAUAAAAAACGACUAGUGCUAGUAAUUUGUUUGUUGUCUGUAAGUAUAUUAUAUGUACAUUUUGAAAAAAUACUACAGUCAUAUUGUUAUUAUUUUCGUGAGCUUUCUGUUCGAUAAUUUUUUGUAUUUAAUUAAUAUUUAAGGAAAUAUUGUUCGCGUUUGUUCCAUUCAAAUUGUCCGUACUGACUGGUUUUGUGUAUAUAGAAUUCGUUUUACCCAAAGUUAAAUCCAAAUAUAUACAUGUGGGAUUAUUUUCUCAUUUUUUCGCUAUAUCUCAUAAUGUAGACACGUUUUGGAAUGGUAAGGUUGGCGGUUUUCGAACGAAGAUUCAAUAAUAUGGCGAUCCGUAUUGGCUGAUUUUUAAACGUAAAUUUACUUUUAAUUAGUGUUUAUUGUAAAGGUUUGUAGUAAACGAACCUAGUACGAGUAGAAAUUUAUUCGGAGAUGGUCUUCUUCUACUUUUAAUCGGAGUAGAUAGUUAAAUCUACCAAAAAAACUUAAAUUUAAUAAAAUUUGAACUAAACAAAUAGUACAAAAAUGAUAACGAACCAUGUUGAAUAAAAAAAAUAUAGUUGUUUCUUUAUUUAUAAUUAAUUAUUAAAUUACUUAAUUAAUUAAUUAAAGAAUGUAAAUUGAUUGAGAAAAAAAAUACGUAUAAAACGAUGACGUUUCAAAUUUUAUACGAUCGCGCCAAUUUUUGACAGUUGUUGCAAGAUGGCGGCUGAUGCGUUCGAAAACCGCAUGAUAAUGCUUUAAAAAAAUUGUUUUGCUUAGACGUCAGUCGUUUAUGGCAAUGGUAUUUCAUUAAAACCAUGAUUGGGGAGAUAAAAUCGUGAAGAAUAGGAUAUAUGCUCAAUGGUUGAUGGUCAUCGUUCUGACUGGCUGGGUUAGGCGUCCAAGUAAUUGGAAUCAUUGGAAAAUGGACACUGAAAUAUACUACACAAGGUUUAUUUUCAAGUGACAUCCUUUAUAACACAACCAAUCUUAUUAUAUAGCAAAUCAAGUAAACAUACAUUUAGUUCUGCAUUUAAUAAACACUCAUGCAUUUUAUAAUUUGCAUUUUUGCCAUAGAUGAUUUUGAAAGUUAGAGUGAGAUAACGCUAUACGCUAACGCCCAGCUAGAAAAGGACGGCGAUAGUCCGUAGGCAGGAGAAAACGUGACUCGGUGAUAGGUCGGUAUAUACAUGGGGGGGGUUUAUUAUUCCAUAAUGUAAUAAAACAAAUGUAAAGUU